UUUGCUGGCCUCCGAAUUCGUUUCCGGGUUACGGAGCAGAUGGCGGCUCUCACUCGCCAGGCGUGCCAGUGAAGUUGAAGAAGCGUGGGGAAAAGAAAGACAACCAUGUCAUCUGUAGAAGAGAAUUUCCCUCGAGGUGGCCCACAAAGGAAAAGUCAAGAAGAAAAAGUGGCCAGACAGUCAAUAGUGCACCAGGAUAAUUUAUUCAAAACGCAACAUGAAGAAGUGACCAAGAAAAGAAAGAAAAACCAUCAAGAUGAACCAAAGCCAAAAAAACUCAAGAUUGAGAAGAAAGUCGUUGUAAAAAUUGGUGUUAAACAUUUUGAAUUUCUAACAGUUGAGUCCCUCACUGCAGGGGUACUGCUCUUAGGAUGCGUGAAAGAAUCUAAUCCGUUUGAGCUGGUGAUCAGCUUGCCCAAUGGGCUCACUGGAUUUGUGCAAGUGACACGUAUAAGUGAUGCCUACAAUGAGAUGCUGAAUGAACAGGUGGCUACAGACGAGCACUUAGAGGAUCUGAAUUCUCUCUCAGAUCUCUUCACCCCAGGAAUGCUGGUCAGAUGUGCUGUGGUUGGUGUGGACAAAACUACUACAGGUCGUCAGAGUAUACAGCUAACAAUCAACCCCAAAGAUGUCAACAAGGCUUUGAAUGCUGCCACUCUGAGACCAGGCAUGCUGCUCUCCGGCUGCAUCUCUAGUGUGGAAGAUCACGGCUACCUUAUUGACAUAGGCAUCCAAGCAACGAAAGCAUUUCUGCCUCGUCAGAAAGCCAAGGCCUACUUGCAGUCAGCCAACAAAGGAACUGAGCUGAAGAUAGGCCAAUACUUCAACUGCCUUAUUGAAGAAGUAAAGAAUGGUGGGAGGAUAAUACGCAUGGCCAUUGAUCAGUCGGAGGUUGCUGCAGCUAUUGCCACAGAAGAACAAAACUGGUCCCUUGGCAAUUUGCUACCUGGUCUAGUGGUGAAAGCCCAGAUUCAGGAGGUGACUCCUUUUGGAAUUUCUCUAAGUUUUCUGUCUUCCUUCUCUGGAUUUGUGGACUGCAUGCACAUGAGUUCUACAAAAACAAGAAACUACUCACCAGGUCAAACGGUGAAAGCAUGCAUUCUCUUCAACAAUCCUACCUCCAAGGCAAUACGCCUGUCUCUGCGCCCAGUUUUCCUGCAGCCUGGCACUCAACUUGGCAAGCUGUCUAGUGAUCAGAUUGGCAGCGUAGUUCCAGACUCCACAGUUGAGACCUUUCUCAAAAAGACUGGUGCCAUCUUCAAGCUCGAUGAUGGCUGCCUAGCUUUUGCACAUAUAAAACAUCUUUCAGGUACUGCCAAAUCUUUCAAACCUGCAGCAUUCAAGCCUGGAAGCAAGCAUAAAUGCCGAAUUAUUGACUACAGCCCAAUGGAUGAUGUGGUGGUGGUGUCUCUCAAACAACACAUUAUUGAGGCUCCAUUCCUGAGAUACCAUGAUAUUCAUCCUGGACAGGUGGUGGAAUGCACGGUGUUGGCUCUGAAGCCCUUUGGCAUGCAAGUAAAGGUGACUGGGCACAUCAAGGGCCUGGUUCCCCGACUGCAUCUGGCAGAUGUGCUUCUGAAACAGCCAGAGAAGAAAUACAUUGUGGGGAGCACUGUCCGGUGUCGGGUGCUUUCCUGCAAUCCUGAAGCAAGGAAACUCGCUCUGACGCUUAAGAGAACACUUGUCAAUUCCAAACUCCCUGCCCUAUCCAGUUACGAAGAUGCAAAGCCAGGCUUGAUCACCCAUGGUUUUGUUGCAUGUGCUAGGGAGUUUGGCUGCAUUGUGAAAUUCUACAAUGACAUAAAGGGCCUUGUCCCCAAAAAUGAGCUCGGCGGAACACCUUCAAUUGUUCCUCAAGAAACAUUUUAUGCAGGCCAGGUGGUCAAAGUUAUUGUCUUAAAAUGUGAGCCUGAGCAGGAGAGACUGCUGCUGUCAUUCAAGCUGACAAAUGAAGCACUAGCUGAGGAUGGUGGAGAAAAAAAGACUUCAAAGAAGCGAGAAGUAACAUACGAAACCGGACGGAUUGUUGAUGUAAAAAUUCUGAGGAAAAAAGAAGAUGGCCUUGAAGUUACAAUCUUGCCAGACAAUGUUUUCGCCUCCCUUUCCACAAAUCAUCUCUCUGACUAUGUGUCCAAUAGCAAGUUGUGGUGGUCCUGCCUUAAAUCAGAUGAUAUUCUCCAUAGAGUGAUAUGCCUCCAUGACAAGGGAGGUCAUGUUACCCUGAGCAGAAAGCCAGCGGUGAUUUCAGCAAUUGAGGAGGAACGGGUGGUGAAGAGCUUUUCAGACAUCCAGCCUGGAUUGCUGCUGACUGGCUUUGUGAGAAACGUCAUGCCUUAUGGUGUGUUUGUGGAGUUUCCAUAUGGUCUGACUGGGCUGGCACCCAAGUCGGCAAUGAGUGACAAGUUUGUGACAGACACCAAAGACCAUUAUGUGGUAGGUCAGACUGUAGUUGCCAAAGUGACCAGCAUUGACGAGGAGAAGCAACGCAUCCUGCUGUCCCUGAAGGUGUCUGAGUGCUCCUCCGAGGAUUCUGUUUCUGAGAGCUUCUCUUUGCUGCACGAAUACUUUAAGGAGCUGCAGGAGAUCAAGAGUAUCAGGAGUGGAAGAGAUGAUGUUGAUGUCGUUCAAAAAGACUGUGAAUUAAAACCUGGGCAGAGGCUGAUGCUGACGGCUCUCAAGGUCAACACUGAUGGUUCAGCACUAUUUGAUAGCACCUCUGUUUCUGGCCUGACUAUAAUGGCUACUCAUACUCACCUUGGAGGCAAAAACAUUGUCCAGGGUGAAAAAACAAGAGCUGUGGUUCUCUACAUUGAUUCCCUAGAAUCAAAGGUCUAUGUGUCGCUUAGAGAGGAGUUGCUGUCCCCCAAAACUAAGAAGUUAAAACAGAACUCUCAGCACCAAGCCAUCGUGCAGCAUGUGGCUACAGAGCAUGCAGUUGUUUCAUUGGUAGGAAAUGGUCAGCUGGUUGCCAUACCCGUGGCUUCCCACUUCAAUGACACUUUCCGCUUUGAUUCUGAAAAACUGAAAGUGGGACAGUCGGUCCUAGUGGUCCUGAAAACUCUCCAGCCAGGCGACUGUGGGCUCUUACUUGCUGUGCAAGAUCAGAAAAAGAGAAAGGCUGCAAUUAGGUCACGGCGUGAAUCUGAAACACUUGGGGAAACCUCGGCCAUUGUGAGUCACUCGCUGUGCUUGGGAGAUGUGGUCAAAGGAACUGUCAAGUCAAUCAAGCCUACCCAUGUCCUAGUGGCAAUUAAUGAUCAGCUGAUCGGCUCAAUUCAUGCAUCCCAGAUCCUGGAUAAUGUUUCCAUAGGCACCUUUCCAACAUCAGUGCUAAGAGUUGGGCAGCAGCUGACUGCUCGCGUGAUUGGGGGCAAAGACAUUAAAAAUCACAGGUAUUUGCCCAUCACCCACCCCCAUUUUACCCGUACCUGCCCAGAGCUCAGCAUCCGACCAAGUGAGCUGUCUGGAGAAAGCAAAACUGCCCUGGGUCCAGAAGAUGGCAAUCCAGAAGAAAUACUGAAACCCUUUAAGCCUGGGCAGAUGGUGACAUGCUUUGUUAAGAAGUACGCCGAUGCAAAUAAAUGGCUGGAGGUGGAGGUCACCCCUAACAUUAGAGGGAGAGUUCAACAGCUGCUUCUUUCCCUUCGACCUACAAUCUUAAAACACGCAAGGAAACACUUCAAAAAUGGACAAGCUUUGGCUGCGACGGUGACCGGCUCUGAUGUCACUGAAACUAAGCUCCAUCUGUCACUUACAGGAGUUUACUCUCUGGAGAAAGGAACCAUCACGCUAGGCUAUGUGAGCAAAGUGAUUCCGCAUGUUGGCCUGAAUGUUCAGCUUCCCUUUGAAAGGAAGGGGAAAGUCAGCCUUUUCCACCUGAGUGAUUCAUAUGCUGAGCAGCCACUAGAAACAUUCAGCAUUGGGAAAAUUGUCAGGUGUUAUAUCCUUUCCAGUGAAGGUAAUAAAAUGGAAGUGUCCCUUCGACAAUCCAGGAUAUAUCCCAAGAGCCAUUGUAAAGUGGAAGACCCUGAAAUCACAUCCCUCGAUGAUCUUCAGAAUGGUCAGCUUGUCAGAGGCUAUGUCAAAUCCAUCACUCCAUCGGGCAUCCUCUUUGGGUUGUCUGACUCGGUCGUAGGUCAAAUCCCACCACAAUUUAUCUCUCCUCUCUUCAUCUCGGAUCAUUCAUUGUGUGCAAAAUACAUACAUGCUGGCCAGCUUCUUACUGCCAAGGUUUUCAGUAUAAAUAAAGAAAAGAACCUUGCAGAGCUCUCUCUCCUUCCUGAAGACACUGGGAAGCCAAGCAUUAUCCCAGAGUCCCUGGAACUGCCAGAUGGUGAAAAGGACACACAGCCGAGAAAGCGAAAAAGGGGAAACUCUGAAAGUGAGCAGGAGGUUAAAGGACGAAAGAAGAAAACUCGUUGCCCUGAAGAUGACAAUAGUGGUGUUGAGGUCUACUAUCGGGAAGAAGAGGAGGGAGAAGAGAAGAAGUGUGCAACAAAAUCUAAGGAAAAGAAAGUUCCAAGGCUGCAGGUUUCAGCCAGCUUUACAUGGGAGGAAGGCUUAAGUGUGCUGGAUACGACCAUGUUGAAACAGAGGGAGCAAAGCUCUGACAGCGAAGAAGAAGACAAUGAUGUUACAGAGUCCACGACCAAGAAGCAGACAAAGAAGAAAAAAGAGCUUGAGAAGCAGAAGGUAGAGAAGGAACUCUCCAAACUUGAAGCUGCCCUGAUGGAUCCCAGCCGGCAACCUCAGACAGCCGACGACUUUGACCGAUUGCUCCUUGGCAACCCUGACAGCUCCAUCCUCUGGUUGCAGUAUAUGGCUUUUCACCUCCAGGCUACGGAGAUAGAGAAAGCAAGAGCUGUGGCAGAAAGGGCACUCAAAACCAUCUCCUUUAGAGAGGAGCAAGAAAAGCUGAAUGUGUGGGUUGCACUGCUGAACCUGGAGAACAUGUAUGGCACCGAAGAAGCACUAAUGAAAGUCUUCGAAAGAGCCAUCCAGUACAACGAGCCUCUGAAGGUCUUCCAGCAGCUGGCAGACAUCUACAGUAGCUCUGAGAAAUAUAAGCAAGCUGAUGACCUGUACAACACAAUGCUGAAGCGCUUUCGUCAAGAAAAAUCUGUGUGGGUGAAGUACGCCACUUUUCUCCUGAAAAGAGGCUUGGUGGAUGCAGCUCAUAGGCUCCUCCCACGUGCACUGAAGUGCCUGCCAGUCAAAGAACAUCUGGAUGUGAUUUCAAAGCUGGCGCAGCUGGAGUUCCAGUUUGGCGAUCCGGAGUAUGGCAAGACCAUUUUUGAGAAUACCCUGAGCACCUACCCAAAGCGUACAGACAUCUGGUCGGUGUACAUAGACAUGAUGAUCAAACAUGAGAGCCAAAAGGAAGUACGGGAUAUUUUUGAACGUGUAAUACACCUAAGCCUAGCAGCAAAGAGGAUGAAGUUUUUCUUUAAGCGCUAUCUGGAAUACGAGAAGAAGUAUGGCACAGCAGAAACAGUCCAGUCUGUGAAGGCAGCAGCACUGGAAUAUGUGGAAUCCAAGAGCAGUCUUGCUGAGGGCUAACUUCAAGAACAGUCAGGCUUUUUUUGUUCUCACUUGCUGCCUCUGCAGUGCAAGAGGCAGCAGAGAAAGAGAAGCCGACCACAGCUGCAAGGAGGAAUGUGUUCCCGCUUGCUCGAAAGCAGAUUGGGUUAGCCAGGACCAAAUCACCAUGGUUUAUCAAGAACUGCGUGAGAGCAUAGUUUCUGUAAAUGUUUAUACCUAUUGAACCUUACAAAAACUUUUGAAUAUGAAAAUUAUAUUUGGAGCUUUAUUUAAAUUUGUUUUGGAGUUUAAAAAUAGCAGAAAGUUGCCCACUACUUUGUGCUUUCCUCUUGCUCUGCUCAUUAAAUGAACUAGGUUUUUUUU